UUUUCUUUUCUUUUUUCUUUUCUUCUUCUACUUUCUUUCCGCCUUACCAUCCAAAUAUCUCGCUUUACGGAUAUUAAAUCAUCCUGUCAUAGAGACUACCGUAGCCUUUAGUACAAAUCAUCAACUUUUACCUUUCAGCAUUAUUGGAAAGUUCAACUGCCAUCAGUUUCUCAUUGUUCAAACGAGAUUUCAUUACUUAUUUUUUUUCCAGUCUAAAAAAUGUUUGAAGGAAUUAAAGGACCCAAUCCAUCUGAUCUUCAAGGACCCGAUCUUCGAAUUCUCAUUGUUCAUGCUCGCUGGAACUUGCAAGCUAUCGAGCCUUUGGUAAAGGGUGCCGUGAAUAAAAUGAUCCAUCAUCAUGGAGUGAAAGCCGAAAAUAUCGAUGUCAGAAGUGUUCCCGGAAGUUGGGAAUUGCCCGUUGGAAUCCGCUCAUUCAUGGCAAGCAACAGUUACGAUGCUGUCAUCGGUAUUGGCGUUUUGAUCAAGGGUUCUACGAUGCAUUUUGAAUACAUUUCGGAGGCCGUCGUCCACGGACUCAUGCGAAUUGGUCUCGACUCGAAUGUUCCUGUUAUUUUGGGACUUUUGACUGUUUUGAAUGAAGAGCAAGCCCUUUACCGUGCCGGACUUAAUGGUGGUCAUAACCAUGGUGAUGACUGGGGUUCUGCCGCAGUUGAAAUGGGUUUAAAAAAUCUUAGUAAUUAAAUGAAGAGCAAUGAACCCCUUGAAUCUCUUUAAAAUAAUUUUUGGUCCCUUUUAUUUUGGCUGAAUGAAUUGUUUGAGUUUCAUCAUAAAUAUAUAUUCUUUUUUUUUUUCAUUUGAACAAAUAUUCUUUAGCUUUUUCAGUUUGCAGAGUUUCAUCUUGAAUUCAUCAUCAUCC